AUGUUGGAGAGUCUGCGGACGAACAACACAUCACUGCAGCAGCAACAGCCCACGGCCCUGGUGUCGCCGGAUGCGGUGCUGCAGUGUCGCCGUGCGAACAGCUUCGAGUUGGCCACGCUGCUGUGCAGCUUUCUGAUCGGGAACGGGUUCGCCGCUUGCGUCGUUUCCGGUUACGCGACACGGGAAGUGGUCAACAACGACCAGCAGCGGGUUGCGUGUCCUUUCGUGCCCCAGGAAGACGAGGACAGUGGCGACGAGGACGCGCCGGCACCGGCCAACAAGUACCAACUGCGCCAGCCACCCGAUCUGCGCAGCCAGUACCUCCUGAACAUCGAGGACGAAAAGGUGGCCAAGGUGCGGGCCGAAGAGGCAUCCCGCGAGGCCUCGGAACGGGAGGAGCUCGAGCGCCAGGAGCAACCGGUGGAUGACCCGAAACGCGGCCACCGGGUGCACGCGUGGGUUGCGAUCCUGCACAACGCCCCGUGGUGCUACAAACCCGGCUACCGCGAGCUGGCCACCGACCCGAACACCGGCGAACCCGCCCUGCAGCCCCCGAGCGCGUUCUUCAUCGAGCCGGCCACCGGCUUCCGGCACGAGGUGUCCUCCCCGGACUAUCUGGCCAUCGAGAGUGUCUGGAACCAGCACAACUACUACGUCAACAAGCAGCCCCCGGGCGAAGGGUUGGGCCAGCUGCGCUGGGACUUUGCGGUCGGCGCCGACUGGGAACACUUUCUGCCGGGCGAGCCGUACGAGCUGCGCGAGGACUGCACCGUGCCCGAGGACCAGGACCCGCUGGCCACGGAGGAGGAGAUCGAGCGCGAGAAGCACCUGGACAUGCCCGCGUCCUGGGUGCGUCCUCUCGACGUGUCGUGGACUGACUACGAGCGCCGCUUCCCGGACGGCGCGAAGGUGAUCUACUUCAAGAAGGCGAUCUACGAGCGGUUCGCACCGUACCGGAACCUCAUCGGGCUGGUCCGUCGGCUGACGAUGUACGAGCGGCUGGACUACGAGGGCAGCCCGAUCACGCGCUGGGAGUGGUACGCCAACAGGGACGAUCUGCUGACGUUGGUGCGCAUCGACUAUCGGGCCAACGCGACGGAGGAACGGUUCGAGAAGGGCCGCUCGGACUGUCUGCGAUCGCUGCUCCAUCGGAAAGGCGGUCCACCGGGCAGCGAUGGGGUCGGAGCGAGUGAGUACGAACUCAAGUUCUACCACCAGUACCGUUUCGAUGCCCUCAAGACGCUCGUCUAUCACACUUCCUCCAUCAAGGAGCACUACGACAAGCGGGAUGAUCUGCUCUACUACCGAGAGUUCCGCAACAUCCCGAAGGACCCCGUGACCAAGGAACCGAGCAAACUGACGCACAUUACGGAGAAGUUCCAUCAAAACCCGGCCAAGGUCCCGGUGGAGGACAUUGCCAUCCGGAACUGCGUCAUCGAGGAUAACAAAAUCCGGCUGCAGUUUCACUACGGCGAAGACUGCAUCACCGCCUCGACCCGCGAGUUCGUCAAGCCACCGAAAUCCGAAAUGGGUGAGGAAGUGCCGUACGAUCCCAACUGCACCACGGGCUACAUCUCCAACCCGUGGGACCCGCAGCCGACGCAGCUGGAUCUGUUCUUGCUUCUGAAAGCUCAGCUGAGGGCCGAGGAGCGUUCGGCGCGUGCCUUCUGCCGCCGAGUGGUCGAGAUCGACACGCUGCUCAGCGAGCGCCGGAAGCAGACCGACUCACCGAAGCUAACCAGCAGCCUGUUCGACCCGCUGCGCAACGAGGAAGCGCGCCAGCUGCGACUGGCCAAGUACGAGGCGAUUAAAGCCCGCGAGGAGCAGCUCAAGCAGCAGCAGGCCGACUUCCUGGCCCCGUACCUGCUGCGGCUCGGUUCCGACACCAAGAAGCGGCCCCCGACCCGGGCCCAGGUGAUGCAGCUGUUCCACGACUGUACGGCCGACCUGCGGCGCUUCUACCGGAAGCUGGAGGAAGAGCUGCGCAACCGGUGCGACGAUCUGAUCACCGAGGAGCAGUCGCUGCGCCGCUUCCUAUCCAAGUUCCAGCAGCACUUCGAGGACACCGAGUACGAAAAGUUCAUCGCCGAGGGCGAAAAGCUCGAGCGCGACAAGCACAUCCUGCAGAUGCGCCUGGAGAACAUACAGGACGAGUACCGGCGCAAGGCGGACCAUCUGCGGCGGACGCUGCGCGAGGAUGAACGCCUCCGGCCGUUCUUCGUCGACGGCGAACCGUUCUGCGACCGGAGUGACGCUGGGGACCAGUAA